CUACAACUCAGCGCUCUUUAGGUAGUGCCCCCUUCGAUCCACAGCCCGUAGUGGCCGUACAUAAUCCGGACUACACCCGUCUCUAACACUGGUUUUUGUAGAACCCGAAUCUGAUAACCGAUGAUGUUUAUAGGUAUAAUUUGAGGGGUGUCAGCAAGAUCCCUAUAAGGGUUGUGAAGAAGGAUCGGUGUAAAUUGAAAGAGAGGCAUUUGACUCUCAUGCUUUCGACACAUUUUCAACAAGAAGCUGUUCUUGCGCUAUAAACCGCCAAGAUGUCAAUCAUCGAUCAGAUCCCAUUAUCUUGGGCAUUAGUCUUUGGAUGCUUUGCUAUCGUAGUCUAUUACAUCCGCUCAUACUUAACGACGAACAGUCACCUUCGAAAUAUUCCUGCGCCUUUCCCAGCUCAAUUUACUAAUCUAUGGCUCCUCUACGCCUGUAGGCGGGGAAGACGUUAUCUCGUCGUAGAUAAGGUCCAUCAGAAAUUAGGUCCAGUCGUUCGUAUCCAGCCAAAUCACGUGAGCGUUGCCGACGAUGAGGCUAUCCAGGUCAUCUACGGUCACGGGAACGGGUUCCUCAAGUCCGAGUUCUACGACGCCUUCGUGUCGAUCCGGCGCGGUUUAUUCAAUACUCGGGACCGUGCCGAGCAUACUCGUAAGAGGAAGCUAGUCUCAAGCACAUUCGCUCCGAAGUCCAUAUCUCAGUUUGAGCCUUACAUUUAUCAGAAUCUCGAGAUGUUUGUGAAGAGAUGGGACGAGCUGAUCGAAAGCUCGCCAAAGGAGAAUAAAACGGCCUAUAUAGAUUGCCUAAAAUGGUUCAACUACGUUGCCUUUGACACCAUUGGGGAUCUAGCAUUUGGCGCUCCGUUCGGUAUGCUGAAAGCAGGAGCAGAUAUCGCCGAGGUUCGCACAGCUGUUGACUCGCCACCCAUCUAUGCGCCGGCGGUUGAAAUACUUAACCGCCGCGGCGAAGUAUCUGCUACGCUGGGUUGUUUCCCACAGCUCAAGCCAUACGCCAAAUGGCUCCCCGAUUCGUUCUUUAGCAAGGGUCUCGCAGCUGUGGAGAACUUGGCCGGCAUCGCUAUUGCGCGCGUGAAAGAUCGUCUCGAGAACCCACCGGAUAUCAACCGCAGAGAUCUUCUUGCCCUGCUGCAAGAAGGGCGCGAUGAGAAAGGCGAACCAUUAGGCUUCGAGGAACUGACAGCAGAAGCACUAACGCAGCUGAUUGCCGGGUCAGACACGACCUCUAAUUCGUCUUGUGCUCUUCUCUAUCACGUCGCACGGACUCCUGGCGUCUUACAAAAGCUGCAGGCAGAGCUCGACGCAGCCAUCCCGAGUGAUGAUGUCACCGUGCCCGCAUACGACACGAUCAGAAAUUUACCAUACCUCCAGAUGGUCAUCAACGAAACUUUGCGCAUUCACUGCACGUCCGGAAUCGGCUUGCCACGAGAGAUCCCUCCCGAAUCUGAGGGAGUACACAUCCGUGGAUACUACUUCCCUCCCGGCACGGUGCUUAGCGUUCCAACAUAUACCAUGCACCACUCGCGGGAGAUAUGGGGUGACGACGCAGAUGAGUUUCGCCCCGAGAGGUGGGAAGACGCGACGACGCGUCAGAAAAACGCAUUCAUACCAUUCAGCACGGGCCCCAGAGCCUGUGUUGGCCGAAACGUGGCCGAGAUGGAGAUGAAGAUGAUCGUGGCGACCUGGGCGCGGCGAUAUAACGUAUUUCUCUGUCAGGGAGAGAUGGAGACUCGCGAGGGGUUUUUAAGGAAGCCACUAGCAUUGGAUAUUGGACUAAAGCGAAGAGUUUAGGAUUAGAUAGCAUUUACCUAAUUGGUUUUAUCAAACAAAGCAGCAACAUUUCAUACAAGUCUAUGACUGAAAUACUUCAUGUUGAUUAUUCGCUUCCUACGUCUUGAAUAUAC